AUGGUCGUUGACACUGAAUAUUACGAUUUGUUAGGCGUAUCUACUACGGCGUCCGCCAUAGAAAUCAAAAAAGCUUACAGGAAGAAAUCUAUUCAAGAGCAUCCAGAUAAGAACCCUAAUGAUCCUAAGGCUACCGAAAGGUUUCAAGCUAUCUCUGAAGCUUAUCAGGUUUUAGGUGACAACGAGCUUCGUGUGAAAUAUGAUAAAUAUGGGAGAAAAGAAGCUAUACCCCAAGGUGGGUUUGAAGAUGCAGCCGAGCAAUUCUCUGUCAUCUUCGGUGGAGAUGCCUUUGCCUCUUAUAUUGGUGAACUAAUGCUACUGAAGAAUUUACAGAAGACUGAGGAAUUAAGUGCCGCUGAUGAAGCCGAAAAGGAGAAGGAAAAUACAGAACCAAAGGAUGAAUCUACAGAAAGCAAUAAAACGGAUGCUGAUGCCGCUUCCCUUCCUGAGCCAACAACAGCUAAUAACAAUGAAAGCAACAAUAAGGCAAAGGGAAAUCCUAGUGACCUGAGUGUACACGACGGUAGCAAAAAAGAUGAGCAAGUAGGAACAGAGACAAAGAAAAAAAAGACAAAACUAGAGCAAUUUGAAGAAGAACAAGAAUUAGAAAAGCAAAAGAGGAUAGAACAAUUGAGUAAAACGUUGAUUGAGAGAUUAUCGAUACUAACAGAAAGUGUCUAUGAUGAUGCUUGUAAAGAUUCUUUCAAAAGAAAAUUCGAGGAAGAGGCAAAUCUUUUAAAAAUGGAAUCUUUUGGUCUAGACAUUUUACAUACAAUAGGUGACGUCUAUUACGGAAAGGCUGAAAUUUUCCUUGCGUCUCAGAACUUAUUCGGGAUGGGCGGUAUAUUCCACUCUAUGAAAGCAAAAGGGGGUGUCUUUAUGGAUACAUUGAGAACCGUUUCGGCAGCCAUAGAUGCACAAAAUACUAUGAAGGAGCUCGAAAAGAUGAAAGAGGCGAGUACGAAUGAUAAACCUUUGUUAGACAAAGACGGAAAUGAGCAGGUAAAACCAACUACCGAAGAAUUAGCACAACAAGAGCAGCUGUUAAUGGGCAAAGUAUUAUCAGCUGCUUGGCAUGGUUCUAAGUAUGAAAUAACAUCCACUUUACGCGGUGUCUGUAACAAAGUAUUAGAAGAUGACUCGGUGGGUAAAAAAACACUAAUCAGAAGGGCUGAAGCAAUGAAGCUAUUGGGCGAAGUCUUCAAGAAGACUUUCAGGACAAAAGUUGAACAAGAAGAAGCACAAAUUUUUGAAGAGCUUGUUGCAGAAGCUACAAAAAAGAAAAAACAUACCUAA